GUUGACCAAAUAAUGUAUCAUAAGCAAUGGCUAAGCCUCCCUUUGGGGGACAGAGCUUUUUAUGUGAACCCCCUGUCUCUACUUGCUGCAAGUAAAUGAAACUACCUAAUGACAACCACGUCUGGCUCUUGAACAGAACAUCUCCAGUGGUGAACCCCGGGAGUUCGGUAACAAUUGUAGGGGAGAGCUUGAGGAAAAAGGAAGAAUUUGAGGCCAUUGAGGGAAAUAAAAAGACUAACUGAAUUGGAUUAUCUAGAAGAAUUUUAGCAACACAUUUUCCCUGAUUCUGGUACAUAUAGUUCUGUGACGAUUCCCCCGUCGGGCCACCAGCCUGAGUGUCUAAGCAGACAAGUGGAGCAGUUGGGCUGAUCUUGGGCUUCGCUGGCCAUUGUGACAGGAGAAUCAACACAUGAAAAUAUAAACCUACACCAUAGACUCCGUGUCCAAUCUUUGUGCCCUUAUCCCCGCGCCGCCCGCUCCUGAGUUCGGAUGUGCUUGUGGUGGAUGCUGCACCUAAGGCGGGCUCUGAGGCUGGGCCCUGCUGGGCUUCUCCGUGGGAGUUCCCGUUUUACCGCAGAGCCCCCGAGCAGGGAAGUGGAGCACUGAUCUGUCUGCGGGAAACAUUUCUGAAUCAAAACUCACAAUAGGUUUAAUUAAUCAUGAUUAAACUUUUUUGGAUGUAAAACUAAUUUUCAAAAAUAUCACAUAAAGACGGACCUCACUAAAAGCCUUGUGUGAAAGGUGCUCUGUCAGUGUAGCGGGUGGGCUCGAGGUGCUUUGUCUCCUCUGCUGCCGACACCGCCAUGGGCUCCGCUGCUCCCAGGCCGCCGCUCGGCCUCCUGUGCUGUCCCCUUCAUGUUCACGCAGCCUUGCUCCGUGACGUCACGUGAAAUCAUAGGAAUUGGUUUCACUGGGGUGUAGAAUUUUAAAUCAGAAAGUAUGUAAGAGAAAUGCUGUUUGCGGAGUGAUUUCAGUGCUAUAUUGGAGCCUGCCUAAGUGCUUCUCACUCUUUCCUCAUUUAAGGUGACAGUCCAUGUGAAGCCGAUGUUCGGAAGAAGAAAUGGGACUGUCAGUCAUCCCUUAAAGCCCGCAGUGAGCUCUGGCUCUCUAGGAUAAAGUCAUCUGUAUUUUGUGAUAUAUCAGUGAAAAUUCUGAUACGUGUGAUGCCUACCACCUUUUUAAGAGACAUAUGUGAAAGGGUUAGAGGCCUUAUAUUUGAGUAGACAAGUGCCUUUGGCAACACUCAUGGUGAUUGACCAGUCAGAGGCGAAGAAGAAGGUGGUUCUGUGGAGGGCCGCUGCGUUUUGGGCACUGACGGUGUUUCUUGGAGAUAUCCUGUUACUCACAGAUGUUACUAUUCAUGAAGGUCAUUGUGUUGGUGAGACAGUACUACAAUCAACAUUUACCAGUCAGUUGUUAAAUCUUGGGAGUUACUCAUCUGUCCAGCCUGAAGAAUAUUCCAGCAUAGUUAGUGAGGUUGUACUCAAAGACUUGCUGGCGUACGUGUCUUCGAAACACUCCUACCUCCGAGCCCUCCCUCCCAGGCAGCCCCGGCAGGGGAGCGGCGUGGGGUUUGCCGAGCUGGAGCGGCUGCAGCCGGAUGCGCUGGUCCACGCAGUGCUGCGGGUGGUGGCUGUCACUGUGCUGACAGAGGCAUUAUAUAGUUACAGAGGACAGAAGCAAAGGAAAGUUAUGUUAACGGUGGAACAGGCCCAAGGUCAGCAUUUUAUGCUUGUAUUAUGGGGUCAUGGAGCAGCCUGGUAUCCUCAGCUUCAAAGGAGAAAAGCACAGGUUAUUUAUAGCCUCAUUCUUAGUUGUGGUGUCGACCUCAGUACCUCAGGAUACUUUCAAUAUGGGACAAAGCCAAUUUCGAACCAUCAUUUAAAUUGUAUCUGGGAAUUCAGGUAUCUUCUUGCUCAGCGCAAUUGCCUCCUAGAGACCCUGGAGUUACACACGACACCCUGGUCGUCCUGUGAACGCCUGUUCGAUGAUGACGUAAGGGCAGUCACAUUCAACACGAAAUUUCAGAAGAGCGUGUCCUCUUCUGUGAAGAUGUCAGAUUUAGCAACACACCUGCAAGAUAAGUGUUCAGGAGUGAUUCUCAUCAAAGCCCAGAUUGUAGAGCUAUUAUUUCCUGUUACAGCAGCUCAGCAAAUAGUUGUGAAUGCUCACAGCUCUCUGAAGAGCGUUGUUUCUUCUCUUCCCAACGUGACGUACACUGGCUGUGCAAGUUGUGGGCUGGAACUGGAAACAGACGGGAACAAGAUCUACAAACAGUGUUUCAGCUGCUUGCCAUGUACUAGGAAGAAAGUAUUCUACAGGCCGGCGCUAAUGACUGUAGCUGAGGGAGUACGGAAGGUUUGCGUCCGUGUGGGGUCAGAGCUGAUGGAGAAGAUUCUUCUCAACAUCUCUCCUGACUGGCUCGGCAGAGUUAUCGCUCCCGGCGCAGAGGUCACCUACGGCAUGGUCGCCGCGGACGUGCUCCUGGCCUUGCUGGCAGCCGGCGGGGCGCCGUGUGACCUGACGGUGCGGAGCCUCUUCGCCGGGGACCCGAACGGCUACCCGCUGCAGCAGGGCUUCUCGCUGCUGGGCUUCUCCCCCGCUGUGCGCACGCGCGCCGCGCCAGGGGGCGCGCAGGCGCAGCCGCCCGAGUGA